AUGAAGCGUCAAUGGGGCAACCUUGUUCGUGGCGCACCUUUAAUUUCGGCGAAGACCUUGCAGCAGGUUCUCUCGGCUCACAGCAAGUUUGUCAUCAGUUACAAGCAGGCGUGGCGGCUGCGUAAGGCAAUCCAGAAGGAAAUGUACGGGGAUUGGCAGGAGUCGUUCAGGUUGCUACCGGAGUUGGCUCGCAGGUUCGAGAAGAACGAUCCGUGUGGAAAGUUCAAGAUUCAGACGGUCGACGGAUGCUUCCACCGGAUGUACAUUCAGCCGUCCGCAUCCCGCGGUGCGCUUGGUUUUUGCCGCCCCGUUGUUGCACUAGACGGGACCUUCCUAAUCAGCGCUCAACGCGCAACCCUGCUCAUUGCCGUGGUCCUCGACGGUAACCAGAAGAUUCUGAUGCUGGCGUGGGCUCUGGUCGAAGGAGAGAACAAAGAUUCGUGGUCCUGGUUCCUGCAACACUUUCUGGAGAGCUUCCCGGAGCGGCCGCACCGUGACGAUGCAUCUAUUAUCAGCGAUCGCGACAAGGGCCUGAUUCCUGCUGCACGAGAUGUACUUCCGGCUGGCAUUCCGCAUUACUUUUGUGCUUGGCAUCUCCAUCAAAAUGUUGUGAAAUUUGGAGAGGCUGCUGCUCUUUUCUAUUGGCGUCUUGUGAAGUGCAGGGACUUGGACAAAUGGGACGCAUUGGUUGCAGCAGGCCGCCGUGACUUCAAGGAAAUGAUCAACUAUCUACUCGGGGUCGAGAAGCCGAACUCGGGUCCAGCUCCGGCAGAUGCUGCAGAGCAGCAACGUCCCGCUCCCACAACAGCGGCUGAAGCACGUCAACAAGCUGCAGAGAACCGCCGCCAGGGUCGUGCAGCAGCGCGUGCCGCCAGGGGUUUGGGGACCACAUCACGUGCGCAUGGUCGUGGGGCGGGUGUCGCGAGCGGGCCGGCUGCCCCAUCUCCUGAACCACAGCCUGCACCAACCGCAAGCACAUCUGCCCCGACGGCAGCGCCGGCUGAGCCCCCGGCCACAACCGAGCCGCCCAGUCGUCCCUCAGGCUCGACGCCUGCAGCCUCACGACCCUUCGACUAUGCUCGCAUCGCGCGACUCGUAAGGACAGGUUACAUCCCCAGCAGCAUCCGGACGGACCCGCCACGUGCAACAGGAUCAAGCGGGCACUCGGGCCCGGGGGGAGAGGAGCAGGCUGGGGGAAAUACCUGCCAGGCACUGGUCGUUGUCACUCUGGACCACCCGUGGCCGGAUGUCGGUAGUGGCCCCCCCCGUGUGAGGGUUGAAGCCGACAUUGAGGAGGACGAAGAGGAGGAGGCUGAUGCAAAGGAGGCAGAGGCAGAUGAUGCGGCUGACCCAGCGGCAACAGAGAGGAACCAGGCGGGGGCAGACGAGGACGCCGAAGAUAACACGCCUGAGGCCGGUGUCUCGGAAGGGGACCAUACUGCACGCGUGAGGACAGGGUUUAGGCAGAACAAGCGUGGUACGAGGAAGAAGCUGGGCAUCAACCUCGUCCACUGGACACGCAUUAAGGCCCCAACCCGUCGCUUUGGGAUCUUUACGAGCAACGCAGUAGAGCAGGUCAACAGCUCAAUCGUGCCCAUUCGUCGCUUGCCGGUCACCCCUCUGCUCGGGGGUCUCUGGGACUGGUAUCGGGAUAAGUAUUGUGAACGCAAAAUGGCUGCGCGGGAGAGAACUGCUAUACUCACGGAAGCAGCAGAGGAGCGGAUGGUGCAGAAGGAGACCCGGGCGGAGGGGUACGAGCUACUGGGCGGGGAUCUAGAGGAAGGAACCAUCCAGACCAGGGACACCGACGAUCCCAAGGAAUGGAGGUCCUUCAACGUCAACAUCAACAGUGAAGUGAAGACCUGCGACUGCUCAAACUGGGACCAGUACCAGUUUCCUUGCUCCCAUGUCGUUGCCUUUGCUCUGAAGCGAAAGCUAGACCCGCACACCCUCGUUUCCGACUUCUACACCACGAAGAACUGGGCGGAGACGUAUUCUUCAACGGUGCGGGGUUCCUGCGUGAACCGCAUCGUCCUAGGGAGGAAGCUGGCCGCACCAGGCGAGUGCGAUGCUCCACCCUUUCGGCGCACGGCAGCCGGCCGCCGGCCGAGCUACGCACGCGUCGAGAAGGCUGUGCAUCCGUACAAGUGCAGCGUUUGCCAUCUCCACGGUCACACUAAGAACCGCUGCAUGGGCAAGUAUGGUGGCAGCGCAUACCCGGAGAGGAGGAGGUACCGUAAGCGCCCUAAGGGGCGAAAGUCCUAUCGCGAGUCAGCACCUUUUGCGGGCACCAUUUGA